AUGAUUACAAUUCAAUGGUUGUGUCAUUGUUAUAUAUAUAUAUUCUUGGUUAAUUUAGGUUUCAUGCUGCAAAAAUUUGGAUUGUUAUCAACUGUUAAACGAUUAUCUUUUGGGGAAAUCAUAAGAGAGAAUCUUUUAUUUUCUAAAAGGAGGGUGACUUCUAUUUUUGUGACACAACGAAUGAUGCUAUCUUCUAUUCCAAAUAAUACAGAAAAACAUUCAAUUGUUAAAAGAUAUGAAAAUAUUACAAAAAGUGGAGGUGAUAAACGUGAGUAUCGUGGUUUAGAAUUUCAAAACAAGAUAAAAGUUCUUCUUGUUCACGAUCCGGAAUGUGACAAAGCUGCUGCAGCAUUAGAUGUUAAUGUUGGUUAUCUCAUGGAUCCAAGAGAAUAUCCUGGGAUAGCUCACUUUUGUGAACAUAUGUUAUUUUUGGGAACAGAAAAAUAUCCUGUUGAAAAUGAUUACUCAAAAUUUAUUAGUUCACAUGGAGGUCAUUGUAAUGCCUACACAGAUACUGAUCACACAAAUUAUCAUUUUGAAGUUGGCCCUUCUGAUUUAGAUGGUGCCUUAGAUAGAUUUUCACAAUUUUUUUUAUCUCCUUUAUUUACGCCUAGUGCUACUGAACGCGAAGUUAAUGCCGUUGAUUCUGAACAUAGAAAUAAUCUUAAGGCUGAUAGUUGGAGGUUUGUACAAAUUGAACGAUCAUUAUCUAAACCCGGUGGAGAUUAUACAAGAUUUGGUACUGGUAAUAAAAUUACUCUUCUAGACAAAUCUCUUGAAAAUGGCAUAUCUUUACGUGAUGAGUUAUUGAAAUUUCAUGAAAAAUACUAUAGUUCUAAUUUGAUGACAUUCUGUGUUGUUGGUAAAAAUACUUUAGAUGAAUUGGAAGAAAUGGUUCUUCAAAAAGAUUUUGGAAAGAUUGUCAAUAAAAAUGUUCCUAGUAAAACAUGGAAUAUAAAAGAAUUUUUUGGAAAAUCAGAAACUGGAAUUAAGUUUGAAAUUGUUCCUGUAAAAGAUAUUCAAAAAAUUUCAUUAAAAUUCCCACAAGAUGAUUUCUCCUCAGAUUACAAACAUUUACCAAAUGAUUAUAUUUCUCAUUUACUUGGACAUGAAGGUAAAGGUUCAAUUUUACAAGAACUUCGUCAAAGAGGAUGGGCCACUGGUUUAUCAGCUGGUUCUAGAAGUAUUUCAAAAGGAACUGAAAUGUUUUGUGUUGAUAUAACUUUAACAAAUGAAGGUGUUUUAAAAAAAGAAGGCCCACAAGAAUGGAUUUAUGAUGAAAAUGAAAAAAUAUCUAGGACAAGAUUUCGUUUUAAAGAUCGUGAAUCUCCAAUGUCUUAUGCAACAAAUCUUUCUCUGAAACUUCAAACUGUACCAAUGGAAGAUAUAUUGACAGCAAAAUGGUUGUCAGAAAGUUUCAAUCCACUUAAAAUAAAACAAGUACUUUUAGGAUUAACACCAGAAAAUAUGAUAUAUUCUGUUAUUGCUCAAAAAUUUGCUGGUAAACCAAAUGCAGAGAAAGAGAUUAUUUAUGGAACAGAAUAUGUUAAAGAAAAAUUGUCAUCUGAAUUUAUUGAAGAAUUAAAGAAGGCAGAAAAUAAUCCACCUAACUUUUUACAUUUACCAGAACCUAAUAGAUAUAUUUCAACUAAAUUUGAUUUAGUUGAAAGAGAAACCCCCGAAAUUAAACAUCCCAGAAUUAUUGGUGAAGAUAAAUUUAAACGUAUUUGGUUUAAACAGGAUAAUGAAUUUAAUCUACCUAAAUGUAAUCUUGUUCUUAGUAUCCAUUCUCCAAUUGGAAUUGCAUCUCCAACAAAUGUCAUUUUGUCUAACAUUUAUAUGGCAUCUUUUGGAAUAGAUAUAGCAGCUGAUUUAUAUGCUUCAGGAUUAGCUGGUUAUACUACAAAACACAGUGUACAAAAUUUUGGUUUUUUUACACAAUUUAAAGGAUAUAAUGAGAAAAUUGGUAUAGUAGCUAAAGAUACCAUUGAAAAAUUAAUUAAUUAUACUCCUAGUGAGAAAAAUUUUAAAGUAGUUCAUGAAUCGACUAUUCGUUCUCUUAAAAAUUUUUAUCAAAACCAACCAUAUGCUUUGGCAAUGCAUUAUACAUCACAUUUACUAAAUACCAGUAAUUGGUCAAAAAAACAAUUACUGUCUGUCUCAGAAGAUGUCACAUUUAAUGAUGUUAUAGAAUUUAUACCACAAUUUUGGAAAAAUUAUUGCCUCGAAUUUUUUUAUCAUGGAAAUAUAACAGAGAAAGAAAGUCUUGAUAUUUGUGAGUCAAUAUCUAAAACUAUUGCUGUUAAAUAUCCUAGAAGUCGACCAUUAUUUGCAAAUGAAAUUGUUACUACAAAAGAAUAUAAAUUAUUUGAAAAUAAAGAAGCAAUUUAUCGUCAUUUUCAGGAUACUCACGAUAACAAUGGGAUGCACAUCGUCUUUCAAUGCGCACAAAUGCUUGAAGAACCUUGUUAUAAUGAAUUAAGAACACAAAAGCAGUUGGGUUAUAUUGUUCAUUUGGGUAAAAGAACUGCUAAUGGCUCUUAUGGUAUGCAUAUUAUUAUUCAAGGAGAUAAAGAUUUUGAUGUUAUGAGAGAUUCUGUUGAAGAAUUUUUGGCUAAUUUUAGAACAAAACUUGAAACAAUGACUGAAGAAGAAUUUGAUAAAUAUAUUACAGCACAAAUUGUCAAAAUAUCUGAAAAAGCUAAAACUAUGUAUGAGAAAGGAUUAAGAUAUUAUGAAGUUAUUUGUGAUGGAACAUAUCAUUUUGAUCGUCGUGAAGAUAUGAUAUCUGAAUUGCGCAAUAUAACAAAAGAAGAUAUUAUUAAAUAUUGGGAUGAGACUAUUGCCAAAAAUGCACCAAGAAGAAAAAAGUUAACGACAAUUGUUUAUAAAAAAGGUGCAACAAAAGAUUCAAUUGAUACUCAUUCAACAGAUGAGAAUAUUGUAGAGAUAAAGUCAGCUGAAUCAUUUAAAUCAUCAAGUGAUUUAUAUGGAAGUCCUCAACCAGUUAUUGAUAUUCAACCAUUAGGAUUACCUUAUUAA